UAGGAUUUACAGUCAGCUGUUUUGACGUAACUCUCGCUCGGCAUAUUACUGUCUAUUAAACAAAACCGAUUUUAAAUAAUUGUAAUUUAAAAAUGGUGCGUUUAAAUAUAGUCAAUCUGACAAAACGUGUGCCUCUCAUCCAAUUUCGGAAGGGAGGUUUAGCUUUGACAAACAAACCAGCGGCAAGUCAACAGGCAAGUUCAAAGGAUUCCGGAGCCAAAAAGACUUCUGGAGGACCAGCAAUUGAGGAUUGGGAACUGCCUGCGCGCUUCGCUCGCAAGCCGAUCGAUCCCUUGGAGGCAGAGUACAUCAACAAUGGCGGAAUACCCAACUGAAAUGGCUCUCCAAACACUGCUUAAAAUAAAUUGUAAUAGUAAAACCUUGUAAACACAUCGUAAUGUAUUGCUUGUAUGCUUGACAGCUGUUUUGACAUUCACAAGCAAACCUAGCCAUCAUAUGUUUUGUAUAAAUUUUGGUAAAGUUAAUUAAAUUACAAGAA